AUGUCUCUCACCUUCUUCACCGAGCCGUUCUACUCCCUCUCUGACUUCGAUCGGCUCUUCGACGAGGCGUUCAACGCACGCACGUCGAACGCGGUCAGCCAGCGUGGUCAGAACGAGAACGCCGCAUCCAGACCAUUGCGCCGAAGGAUGGAUCUGCAUGAGGACAAAGAGAAGAACCUAGUGACGGCCCAGUUCGAGCUCCCAGGCCUCACCAAGGAUAAGGUCAGCAUCGACCUGCGCGACAACGUCCUCACCGUCUCCGGCGAGUCCUCCAUCUCAUCCGAGCACGACGAGAAGGGCUACGCCGUCCGCGAGCGCCGCUACGGCAAGUUCUCGCGGGCUCUCCCCGUCCCUCAGGGAAUCAAGCCUGAGGAGAUCAAGGCAACGAUGGAGAAUGGCGUUCUGAGCGUCACUUUCCCGAGGACGACGCCCGAGCAAGCGCCGAAGAAGAUCACGAUCGCUUGAGCUGGGAUGACAUGAUCGUCGACCACUGUACUUGUACUGUGUGUUUUCCCUUUGUAGCAUAAUAUGCACGCAUCUUCCUUGCAUUUGAA